GAUAAUUCACCACCAAAAGAUCUAUCAAAGAAAGAGACAAAGGGUAGGACUGAGGAUCAAGCAAUGGAAAGGAAGAAUAACUCUGUGUUGAUUCUUCCUCUUCUUCUUCUUGUUCUUCUCACAGGUUUGCCUUCUCUCUCAGCGUCUGGUGAUUAUGGGAAGAAGACGAAGCACUUUGUAUUAAUCCAUGGAGGCAGUCACGGUGCGUGGUGCUGGUACAAGGUGGCCACUCUGUUGAGAUCAAAGGGUCAUAAUGUGACAACGCUUGACUUGGGUGCUUCUGGAAUAAACCCCAAGCAAGUGAAUCAGAUACGUUCCAUUUCUGAUUACUAUGAGCCAUUGAUGGUCUUCAUGGAGUCGGUUCCGGCAAAGGAGAAAGUGAUCCUGGUCGGACAUAGUUUAGGAGGGGUGUCUACUUCUGUUGCCAUGGAGAAGUUUCCUCACAAAAUAUCAGUUGCAGUUUUUGCUACCGCUUAUGUUCUUAGCCAAAACCUCUCCUAUCCUGCUGUUCUCUCUGAGCUGAGCAGAAGAAACAUUUCAUUGAUGGACACGCAACUUUUCUUUGAAGAUGGGCCCACCAACCCUCCCACUGCAAGACUUAUUGGGCCCAAAUUCAUGGCAACCCGUAUGUAUCAAUUAUCCUCACCAGAGGAUUUGACACUUGCAUUGUCACUGGUGAGGCCUGUGCCAAUCUACAAUGAUGCCGAAUUAUUGAGGAAAGAAACAGCUGUCACAGGUAGCAGAAAUGGAAGAGUACCAAAAAUAUUUAUCAAAUGUGAGAAUGACGACUUGAUCACAGAGGACCUCCAAAAUUGGAUGAUUCAGAGAUCUCUUCCAUUUGAUGAUGUCAAAGUGAUUGAAGGCUCAGAUCAUAUGCCUAUGUUUUCUCAACCACUCAAGCUAACCUCUCACCUUCUGCAGAUUGCCAACAUGUAUUAGUUGGAUUCAAAAACUCAGCACAUUAUAAUGAUAUUAUGAGUAUUUGAAGGUCUAUUUUAUUGAUUUUAUCUGAAAUUUACCCAGAACUUUGUCAUGGAGUACAUGUGCAUGUAAUUCUGCUUGCUUUUAAUGGCAUCAUAAUAAGAUUGAUUGCAGGUGAGUUCUUGACCUUUCCUGCAACGACUCGUGGAAAA